AUGUCAUUAACAUCAUCAUAUAGCAGCAGUUGUAGUAGUAAUAGUAAUAGUAAUAUCAUUGUAUUAUUAGAUCAUGAAAUUGAUAAUGAUCGAGAUAUAUACUUGAUGAUCAAAAAUAUAAUACAGAGGUCUUAUGACAGUCAUUGUAACAAUACCUUUGAUCUAUUGAAUGUGUAUAUAUGUCUAAUAGGGUUACCUAUUUAUAAUAUUAUUCAAGUUACCGAUGACUUGAAACGAUAUUAUUCAAUACUAUCAAAUGUUGUAUAUGAAAAACAAAGCUUUAUACUACGAGUCAAAACAAUGGUAUUACUACCUCAGUUGUACUCGAGUGACAACAACAACAACAAGUCAAAGAUUAUGAAUGGGUUUAGUGUAACUGGACCAAAAGAAAUACAAUCAAUCAUCGAUCGAAUACAAUCACAUAUCGGACCCGUAAAACAUAUCUUUUCAUCAAAUACUCUAUCCCAAUUGAAUGAAUCAAUUGUAAAGAGUCGGCAAGACCCAUUUCAAUCAAUCAUUCCACUCACAGACAUUUCAACAUUUAUUGAUGAAAGUAAUAAUAAUAAUAAUAAUAAUAAUAAUAAUAAUAAUAAUAAUAAUGAUGAUACAACUACAACAACAGAUGAUGAAGAAGAUAAAACACCACCAUCUACACCUCCUACACUUCUUCAUCAAAGUAAACCAUCAUCAUCUUGUUAUUCAUCAUUGGCAAAACCCAUUUCAACUUGUACAUCUAUUCAAUUGUACGAUAAUGUAUUUACUGGUGGUCAUUUUGACCAUCUUCACAAUGGACAUCGAUUCAUAUUAUCGAUUGGAGCAAUAACGAGUGGUAAAGGAUUUUUAGUGGCUGUAUUGGAACCAUCAGCACCUCAGUCACCCUGCAAAGCACCUUCUAAACAACUACAUUCAUUUGGACAAUCUCCCGAUCAAAGAGAAAAGGGUGUACGUGACUUUUUGUCGAUAUUUGCACCUAAUCAUGCCAAUCUAGAGAUACAGCGAAAUGAACGAUGCUCCAACAUUGCAAACUGUCCAAUGACUGUGAUUGCAACAGAACACGAUGCUCUCAUACUACCCUUUCACCUCUUGGAAUCAGGCAGCAAAAUCAAUGAAAUACGACAACAAAGAUCACUACAACCAUUCUCUUUACACGCAAUCCCAGAAAUUCAAACCCCAAAUGUUGGUACUCUUUCUUCAACUAAUAUUAGAAGAAUUCUAAGUACUGGUCAUUUAAUAGAAUCUAAUAAUAAUAAUAUUAAUAAUAUUAAUAAUAAUACGAAUAAUAAUAGUACUAUUAAUGGAUGUACAGCAGCAACAAGGUGGAAUAGUGAUAGUAUUUUAUUUAAAUAA